ACUAAAGUAAUACAAUUAUCAGGAAGAGAUUAUUCAUUUUCCUAGUGUAAGUGUUUACCUGAAUAAGAUUUUCACAGUCCUAGUUGUCAUUAUGCAGUUGUCACUGUGUUGAGCACAGAAGAAAUUUUUCUCAUGGAGAAAAAGAAUGAAAAACUAUUCCAUUGUGUCAAAAUCAUCAUUUCUCAUGCUGUUGACAACGAUGGAGAUUUGAUAAAAAAUUUUGCAAGUUGUUUGGCAACUAAUGCUGUAAUAUCAAAAUCACAAAAGAAAAAGAUAUUUGAUGAUGUUCAAGAUGGAUUUUUGAAAGAUGCAGCCGGAAAAUUGUCGGAUUGUAUGCUUCGCCACUCUGAUAUAUGGAAUAUCAAUCUGACUGCUGCUCUUUGUGAUGAGAAGUGUCCUGAUAUUCCUGGCCAUAGUUUGUUGCUACAUUUGUUGAGUGAUGAUGACAUUUUGGACAAGUUACAUUUUCUCAUUAUCUCCUGGGACCAUUUAAUAAAUUUAAAAACAGAAUGCAUGCAAUUGAUGAAACUGACAUGGCCUUCAGAAGAGACGUCAGUCUUUUGUGAUGACUGGCCAUUAAAAUUCAUCUCAAAAUGCAGAGAAGAUUUUGAUAAAGAAAAAGUUGCAGAAUUCGUUACUAAUUUUAAAUCACUGAUGCACGAAAAAGGAGUUUCAGAAGAAGACAAAAGCAGGAAAGCUAGCUCAAGCAAACCAACCUCCAAACAUACAGACAGAGGUGAUGAAUCAAGUCAAAAUGAUGGAAUGCCUCCUAAAAGACAGAAAUAUGAUGAAGACGAUAAAACUUCUUUAUACAGCAAAGAAAAUGAUACCUCUAAAGGUGACUCUCAUGCUGGUACCAAGGAAAAACCAGUUACCGAGACAGCAGAGAAACUCAAAGACAUGGGUCUAUCAGAUUCCUCAAAAAAAGCACAGCCCAGGAAAGUUGUCGAUGUAAGAAAUGGAACUGACAAGAUGGAAGUUGAUGAAAAUCAAAAUGUUGGUAAACCCAAACAAGAAAGCAAAGAUGAUAAAAAAGAAGCUUCUGGUACAUCCAGUAAUUCAUCGAAAGGAGAAGUUGGAAAAGUGAAAGAAGUUGUUGGAGGAGCGAAAGAAGUUUUGAAACAGAAAGAUGAAGAAGAACUCAAAAGUCUCUCGUCCAAUGCUGAUGCAGAAGAAAUUGAGUUCCGAGUUGUGUUGGCUGAAAAUAAUGUAAUACCUGCUACUUAUGAAUUAUGGAUUCAUACUAAUUUAUAUGGUGAAUGGACAGGAAUUAAAAUGGAAUGGCAUUCAAAGAGAAAAUUUUUCUUUCGGAAUUUGCCAUUCUUGAAGAACAGAACGAUUGUUGAAUAUAAAUAUGCUAUGCGUUCUUUUGAAAAGAAUUCAGUUCGUUGGGAAGAAUUUAACCAUGUUGGCACAAUGACUUCUAAUCGGAUUAUUCAUGAUAUCAACUCUCGUUCAAUUUGCCAUGAUGUUGUUUCAUUUAUCAAAGAUUAUAAUUCCAAAUCAUGGUUUCAGUUAAACCAAGAAGCUGUGAUACAGCAUUUACCUGGAGCUGAAUUUUUAACAUUGAGAUGUGAAUCGGAUGAAGACAGGCCGUGUUCUUUUGGAAGAGAAGCUUUUUCCUGGAUGCAUACUAUAAGAAAAGCUUGGAAUAUAACUCACAGUUAUGUGUAUUAUAGACGGCCAUCUAUGGAGGCAAUUGAACAAGGUAUACUCGACUGGCUCUGGAAAAAUUCUUUAUUGCUUAAGAAGAAAAACAAACACGACACCAUGAGAGUUGUUUUGUCAACUUUAGCACUCACGAUGGCCUUGCACCAUGAAGAGAUAAUGCUAUAUAAUGAAAAUCUACUCUCUGAAAUUUUCAAACUGCUAAGUAUUCACACACUGUCUGAAGAUGACCAAAAAUUACUUUACAAGGAGAUUUUUGCAGAAUGCCAAUCUUAUGAUGAAAAAUCUCUUCCAAUUGUGCAAGAUUCUAUUAUUUCACUGUAUCGAAGGUUGUUUGACUUACAAGGACCUGAGUUUAUUCUAUCUCUUCCACUAUAUUGGCUAAUUGCGGAUCAAGGUGAAAUAGAUAAAAGUGCUGUAAAAUUAAAAAAAGAUCAAGGCCAACUUCUACACAAAAGAAGUGGUUUACCACCUGCAAACAAUCUUGCUUGGUCCACUGUACGACAAAGAUGUUCACGGGAAACAAUACAGAGAGACUUGGUGAAGCUUUCUAAAGAUAUAUAUGAAAUAUAUCAAGUUCAUCCAUGGAUUGUUGGUGCUUUUCAUUACAUGCUGAGAGAAAGGACAAUUGUUGAAUUGAUUUCUACUCGAGAUAUAAAUAUGAUUGGGGAUAAAUUUGCGUUGGAUUCUGUGUUUUUUCAUCUACUUAAUGCUUGCAAACCUUCUCGAUAUACAGGGGAAUUGGAACUUUCAGAAGUCGCAAAUUUAAGCGAUUUCUUUGUCUGCACAUUUCAAAACUUACUGGAACAAGCAAAAGCACCAGUUGACGAAAUAUCUGAUUCUGCACAGGACAGUGGUGUGAAAAGACUGAGAAUGGGUCUUCCUGUGAAUGUUUUGGCAAGUUUUCAUGCCUUUUUCAAAGAUGAAGCCUACAGCACCUUAGAUUAUAGACAAACAGAAUCUAGAAACAAUGAUGUUUUGUGGUGUUUAAGCAUGACUCGUUAUGCAGCUGAGCUGAUGCAAACACUGAAAGGAAAAUCUUCAGACAAGGUUGAGUUGGAAAGGUAUGAAAAAGGUUGUUUAUACUUGGAUGAUAUCCUAACAUCAAUAACGACAAGAAUACAUAAAGGCAGAAUCAAUGAAGAACAAAUCGGUUACUGGAAUGGACUAGUCAUAAUAAAAUGGCACAAUUCAGAAUUUCAAGACAAAUGGAUGCAAACAAUGAAACGUGAGAUGCAACAUAAAAUAAGAAAGACUUGGAAAGACAAGGAUGAGGAUUUCUUAAAUUUUUAUGCCAUAACGCUUGAAAAUUUCAAUCUGGAGGAAGCUGUAGAAGUUUGUUUCAGUGAAAAAGCUUUCCAAUGCACUGAGUUAUUGUUAUCGAAAUAUGCACCUGCCAAUAAAAAGGGAAAGGAUAGAGGCUUUACUUCAAUGGCAACUUCAACCAUUCGAAAUAUAUAUUCUCGAUUCAGCACACCAAGAUUUAUUCAAAUCUUUGACAAACUUUUUAAUAGAGAAUUAAAUAAAGCUCAUUCCCCAAGGAUAUCUUUUGAUAUGCAAGUUCUUCAAUUCAUGUUUACAUGGGCAUUUGCAUCUCAAUUUUUUCGUCUUUUUCAUGGUAAAGAAACUUUGUCUAAAUUUUCUCAUGAAACAAAAGAAAAGAUCAUGCAUGUUACUGAAUCAUUUAAGUCCAUUAUUGAUUCAUUGAAGUCUGGGGACAUUCUCGUUAAACAACUGAAAUUGAUUCUUCAGAACAGAGAGAAAUUUUUAGAAUUGAAUAAUGCAAUUCAAUUUCAUGAAGAGAGUUCUGUUGACAAAAUGGAUAAUUAUUUGACUCAUCUGAUUGAUCAACAAGAAACUCAGUUAAAAGCGUUCGAAACUGCACAAGAUCACGUCAGAGGAUUCAUUUCUGCUUGUUCAAAGCUAGAUGAAGGUGGGGAACUAAGAGCAAAUGUGACUGAACUACGACAAAAACUGAGCAAAAAUUUCGAUGAAGAAACAUUAUCAAGUAUAUCAUCUGAUUCACUUAAUCAAACUGGAAACAAACAAGCAACUUCUUUCUUCAAUCUAACAACUUCUGUUUUGAAACAGUUUCAGAUCAUCGACUUUAUCAAGGAUAGCAAAGUUUUCCAUGAAAUCUGGCAUCAGAGUGCUGUCGAGGCUAAGAGUUAUAGCACAGACUCAAAUUUUGAUCUGGGUGACUCUGGAUUGUGGAUUGUAAAAUGGACGCAAGUAUUAGAUGAAAUAUGGAAACCGACCAGAAAUGACUUAUCAACAUUGGUGCAGGAUAUGGAUUCAGGCUCUUUGUCAAUGGAAACAGCAAGCGAAUGGUUUCGACGUUGUGAUGGAGAACCUGAUGAAAUUAAGAAUGAAAUCAAGACUUUAUAUGAUUAUUAUGAGUUAGUUUCCAAGAAAGAAGAAAAACCUGAAGAGCCACCAAAAACGCAAGAAGAAUCACCUAUGCACGUUGAAGAAGAACCCAAAACAAGCGAGGAAGAAAAGAUGUCUGAUGAUGGAGACGAAAACAAAUCUGAAAGCGAUUCCGAUUCUGAUAACGAUUCAUGGAAAAGUGAAAGCGAAAAAAGUUCAGAAGUAGAAAGUGAAAUUGAUUUAUCAGAUGUGGAAAGUGAACAGGAUGACAGUGAUGCUGCUUCAGAAUCAGAAGAAGAAGUCCAAUAUUCUGAUGUUGGAUAUAUGGAACUUCGAACUCGUCAGAUGUGUAAUUAUUUUCAACUUGAAAAAGCAAAAGAAACUAUUGACGUUUUACUUCAUUUGAAAACGGAAUUGAAGCUCAACGGUGACUUUUCUGCUAUUGAAAAGCAAAAGACAAGUCUCGAAAACAAAACAGCAACAUUGGAAGAACUGGCUGAUGAACAAGAAAUACCAUUUGUUUGCCAAAUUCCGAAAUCAGAUGUUGAUGUACUCAGAAAUUUCAUUAAAGAAAAGGAACUCAUUACCUGGCUGAAAGAAAAGAUGAAUGAUAUAAGCGAAGUAAAAGUAAUGUGUGAUCUUGCAAUGAUAUCGGCUGGUGAAACUCCAUAUGAAGUUGACAUUGUUUCCUGUUUAUUGAGUGCUGUUAUGGGCUUUGCUCCAUUGAUAUUUGAACUUGAUGAAGAAGCUGGAUUGAACGUUUUAUUGGAUAAAUGUAGAGCUGUUUGGAAGAAUAGAAAUGGGGAUGCUAAACUGAUGGACAAAUGGAAAGAUACUGGGAGUCAGCUAGCUUGGUUUCAAGGAAUUGAAAACUUCCACGGAUCAGUUGAGAAACAAUCUUUGACGUUUGCUCAAGAUAUUAACAAACGUGGAAUAUAUACAAUACGUAGAUUGAAUGCAAAAGAAUCACCAUCAGUGAAAAAUUGUAUCAAUCUCAUCUUACCUGAUAAAACUGACAGAGAUAAAAAAGACGUUUUCCAGCUUGAAGCUCUUUGUGAUUUACAAUCCAAAUUAAUGUUGAUUGCUGGAGAAGCUGAGAUGGGACAAACUGACGUCACACAAUUUGUUGAAGUAUUAACUGCAGUACAGACACUUGCUGGUACUUACGUCAAGUUGGUUUCAUCUGGCUGUAUGCUGUUCAACAAUUGGUCGGCAGUUAUAACAUGUAAUGAUGUGACAAGCAAUACAAACAACCUUCUAAUUCAAGUUAAAUUCGCUGAUGAUGCUCAACCACUCAGUGGUACAGGAUCACUCAUAGAUUUGAGCAAGCUGUCAAAUAUUUUGAAUGAAUCACUUGAAAGGUGGAACCAUCACAUCAAUGCAAAGAGAAUGGAACAUUAUUUUCUAAACGAAUUCAAUAUUCAACAAAUUAUCUACCUUUGCCAUGAACUUGCUCUUUGCAGAAUUAAUCGCACUCUUCCCGAUCAGGUAUCUACACUAUUAUCCAGUGUUGCGACUGGUUUGUCAAUAAAAAAGGUUUGCGAAUUGCUUGACGAAGCAACAAAAAUUCGAGAUGAUGAAGUAACUAGUCAACAAGAAAAUCAAGAAGAAAAUAUGGAAACGGAAGAAAACGAAAACGCCAACCCUGAAUCAGAAGCAAAAAAGAAAGCGGUGAAUUUAUUGCUUCGAGAUGAAUCUAUAUCAGAAAAUGUCGCAAAAGCAGCAGUAGAAGCAGUCGGAUAUGAAGAUCUGGAAGGAUGUGGUAACUGGAUGCUAUUACAUGAAUAUGAUGAUAAACUGAUCGAAAAGUUAUGUGAGGAAUACGACAAGCAGAAAUCAUCUGAUGCCGGGGCAUCAGCUCCAAAAAUAGAUGUGAUCGAAGAAAAAAAUCGUGCUGUUCGAAAACUAGUUGACGAAGACCAGUUGGAGGAGAUUAUUGCAAAGGCAGCUGUGGAAGCUGAAGGUUAUGAAGAUAUUACUAAUUGCUUGAACUGGGCUUUGUUGAACACAUUUGAAGGCGACAUGAUCAAAGAACUUUCUGAUAAAUUUGAUCAAAGUGCAGGAUUCACUCAUCAGGAGAAACAGACUCGAGUGAUAACUUCAGUUCUUUAUAAUCGAUCUGAAAAUACUUUGAAAGAUGUCAUUGAUAGAUUGCAAGAACAAAUACAUGACGACGUUGGUCGAUUGUCAAAUGCAUUGAUUGAUUCUAUCAAUACUAUUUGUACGGGAUAUCAUGACGAGACUAGAGUCAUUACUCUACAAGACUCUCUCAGCAUCGAACAUUUUGGAAGAUUUCUGCGAUAUUUACAUGAUGGAGCAAGUCAAUUUUUGGUUCACAGAGAAUUAAUGCAACCCCUGCACAAAGGAAGACCAAAUCUUAUUGUCUGUCCGGAACAUGAAAUUCUUCCUACAACAUUGUCAUUGUAUAUGUAUAAUAAAGAGCAGCCGUUACCAACAAGAUCUGAAGUUCUUUUGUGUUCAGAAUACACAACGGCAGACGAUGUCGAGCGCUUUAUGAGAAGAGCAAUGUGCCAUUGCGAAAAUAUUGGACAACUACUUUUCAUUCUUGCAUUUGCUGACAAGUUGAGUUUCAAUGUAUCGGCAUCAACAGAGAAAAUCUUCAAUCAACUUUCUCAGGACGUGAGAACAAAUCAAAAUUACCAACUUGUCAUAUUAUUGACUAAACAGCAGCAUUACUUGACAACUUGCUUCGAUAAGUACUUGGUGGAAAGGAAAUGGAUCAGUGCAAGUGCUGAUAUUUCUUUGUAUCUUGAACAUCAUUUGAAAGUUAAUGAUGAUAAUUUGAUGAACAGCGCAUCUUGUGUUGAUAAAAAACAUUCCAUGGUUAAAGUUGUUUCGUCAACACGAUCUGGCGUUGGUAAGAGUCUUCAUGUGAAGCGUUUAUCAGAGGCACUUGAUGAACAUCUUUCGCCACUACUAAUGACAUUUCAUCAUGUGACGAUUCGUUUGUUGGAGAAAAAUCUCAGCACAGAUUAUGUUAUUGAAAGAUUAAAUCGUCGGAAUAAAAAUGAAUCUUGCAACAACGAUACAAUGCUCAUACAUCUUGAUCUAACUCCCGCUGUACAACAAGGAAUCGAGACCUUUGCUUUCAACCUAUUUGUUCUGGGAAGUAUUCAAGAUAGUCGUGGUAAAGUUUGGAAACGUCAUUAUAAUCAUCUAUACAUGUUGGAAAUGACUGAUUGUGGACAUCAACGAGGGGCUCGCUACUCCCCAAGACAUAUUUUAAAUUUACUUCCGAGCAUCAAAUGUUUUUCUCCGAGAGAAGUUUUUGAAGAAACUCAGAAAAAUAAAAAUGAGGAAUAUCUUGGUAUGGAUGAGAAGGAAUUUCAUUCUGAUACUUUUCAACGUCCGUACCAGUAUCUAAUGCAUUAUGAUGACGGAAAAGACUUGGAUGCUUUUGUUUAUCAACGUUCAACAGGAACACCAAAGGAAUUAACUGGUGUCCUGCUCAAGCACUGCUGCAUGUAUAAUCCAUCAUGGGCACAGCUGAGACAUUUUGCAAGCUUCCUCAAUGUACAACUUCAAAAUUGUGAAAAUUCCAUUUUCUGUGACAAGUCUAUCGUUGGUCAAGAACUUCAAGGUUUGAAAGCGUUCGCUGUUCGUUUCAUGAUAAGAAUGUCGCAGGAUUUUGCUACUCCCUCUCUCAAUAUCUCCGAUGAAAGUUCUGCGGAUUUCGAUAAAAGCGAUAAAGACGUAGCUGAUGGUUUACAGAUUUACCAAUUCCGACGAAAAUGGGAAGAAUCUACACAUCCGUAUCUUUUUUUCAACGAAGAUGGUGCAACCAUGACGUUUAUUAAUGUUAAUAUCAGCGACGAAGGAGAUUUACUCGACAGAAACGGGGAAAUUGUAGAACCUGCUAUUAUCUCUAAGCAACUUGUCAAUGGCUUAAAAUUACAAAGAGUAUCAUUGGAUCUGAAUUUUGAUACGUUUACUCGUGAGCGGAAACUUAGAGUUUUAUGCCAAGUUAUGGGAAUUGAAGAUCUUUUUGAUCCAGACCCGACAUACGAGUUAACGACAGAUAACGUGUUGAAGAUUUUGGCGAUCUACAUGAGAUUCCGUUGCCGCAUACCUGUCAUUAUCAUGGGAGAAACUGGAUGUGGAAAAACAAGAAUGGUCGAAUUUAUGAGUCGUUUAAAAGCCGGUCCAUUUCACAAUCAAAUCAGGAAUAUGAUCACUUUGAAGAUUCAUGGCGGUAUAUCCGUUGCUGAUAUUUAUAGCAGUGUCCGCAAAGCAAGCCACAUUGCAGAUGACAAUAAAGCAAAUCAUAAAUUAAGUACGAUUCUUUUUUAUGAUGAAGCAAAUACAACAGAAGCUAUUUACGCAAUAAAAGAAGUCAUGUGCGACCUGACAAUAGAUGGAAAUUCGUUUCAGAAAUUACAAUUGCAACUCGUUGCAGCUUGUAAUCCGUAUAAACAACUGUCGAAAGAAGCAAUUCGAAAGCUUGAAGAUUCAGGUCUGGGAUACAGAAUCAGAACCAGCGAAACGACACAUCUGUUUGGUGAUAUACCUAUGAGAACCUUAGUAUAUAGAGUAGUAGCUUUACCACCAAGUAUGCAACCAUUUGUCUGGGACUUUGGACAACUGAGUGAUGAAGCAGAAAGAAUAUAUAUUCAACAAAUGACAAGGAAAUUGGCGGAAAAACUCGAAAUUGAUCGUGAAACUAUAAGAUUGGUGAACGCUGUAUUCUGUGAAGCUCAAAAUUACAUGAGAAGCAGACAAGAUGAGUGCAGAUAUGUGAGCCUAAGAGAUGUUGAACGAUGUGUUAUCACAUACGAAUGGUUUCAUAAACAUCGCGAAGUUCUUUAUCCAUUGAUCGAGACGGAAAUUAAGAAACGCUACGCUCGGAUGACAAGAGAUCCGCCCGAUAUCAACAGCGAUCUGAGAACUUUGCUACAGACCAUCGGUGUCUGCUAUCAUGCAUCUCUUGACGACAGAAUUAAGUUCCGAGAAGCAAUCACAUAUGCUUUCGGUCUUGAAGGAAUGCUUGUUUCCGAGUUGACAAUUCGUGAAGAAAUUUCCGCAGCCCAAGCUGUUUUCUUACGAAAUAUGAAAAUGGAUGACAAUAUCGCGGCUAAUGAAGCUUUACAAGAAAAUGUUUUCAUGAUGACGGUGUGUGCUGACAUGCGUAUUCCGCUUUUCCUGAUUGGUAAACCCGGAAGCUCAAAGUCUCUCGCCAAAACUAUUGUUGGUGAUAACAUGCAAGGUGGAACAUCUCGGUCACCUCUUUACAAAAAAUUAAAACAGGUCCACAUACUGUCUUACCAAUGCAGUGCAUUAACUGAUGCUGCAGGUAUUGAAAGUGUUUUCAAACAAUGCGCCCAACUGCAAGUUCAACAAGAUUUAGAAUCUUACACGGCUGUUGUUGUUCUUGAUGAAAUAGGCUUAGCUGAAGAUUCACCAAACAUGCCGUUAAAGGUUUUGCAUCCUCUUCUUGAAUGUGGAAGUACAGCAAACAAUAGUUUAACUGAAUAUGACAUCACAAAGAAAGUAGGAUUUGUCGGAAUUUCGAAUUGGGCUCUUGACCCAGCAAAAAUGAAUCGAGGAAUUUUUGUGACAAGAAACAAACCUAAUAAAGAUGAUCUGAAAAAAACAGCGAAAGGAAUUUUUGAAAAUCACAAAAGCAAGAUUAAUGAGAAUCUUGAUCUUCUUGAGAGGUUAACGCAUUCAUAUUUAACAAUCUAUGAAGCACAAGAAGUCGAAUAUUUUGGCUUACGUGACUAUUAUAGUUUGAUUAAAAUGAUACAUGCGAUUUGUACUUCGUCAAAAGAUGCUAACUAA